AUGCCGCUGCAUAGAUUAGCUGCGCAUCAGCUAUGGAUCGGCAUAGUGGUUGUAGCAACACUCUCUGUAGUAGCCAUAGGAGCACUGCUGCCGCCUAGGCCUAGCAGCAGUUGCCAGAGAAAAUGCGGCGGAGUCGACAUCCCUUACCCGUUCGGCAUCGGGCCAGACGACUCGCCCGACCACUGCUCCUUGCCCGGCUUCAACCUGAGCUGCAAGGACGACGGCCAUGGAGUCCUCAGGCCAUUUUACAAACAUGUGGAGAUUCUGAACAUCUUGCUGCAGCAAGGUCAGGCCAGGAUGAGGAUGCACAUGUCGACGUACUGCUACAACACCUCCACUAAGAAAAUGAACCGAGACUGGUGGUGGGUGAACCUGACAGGUACGCCCUACAAAUUCUCAAACACCGGCAACCUGUUCACGGUCGUUGGGUGCAGAACGCUGGCGUACAUCGGAGACCAGGACAACGUCGGCAAGUACAUGAGCGGCUGCGUGUCCAUGUGCCGACGAGGCGACGUGAGCGCCCUGGCCGACGGCUCCUGCUCCGGGAUCGGCUGCUGCACGACGGCCAUCCCCAAGGGCCUGCAGUACUACAAGGUGUGGUUUAGUCGGGGCUUCAACACGUCCGGGAUCUACAGAAUCAGCCGCUGCAGCUACGCGGCGCUGGUUGAGGCGUCCAACUUCACGUUCUCCACGAGCUACGCCACGUCGUCGGCGUUCUCUGACGCUUACGGCGGGCGGCCGCCGUUGCUGGUGGACUGGGCCAUCGGCGACGAGACAUGCGAGGUAGCCAAGCAAAAGCCUGGCGGGUCGUACGCCUGCAUCGCCGACCGCAGCGAGUGCUUCGAUUCGGCCAACGGGCCAGGCUACAUCUGCAACUGCUCCAAAGGGUUCCAGGGGAAUCCGUACCUUGUCGACGGAUGCAAAGAUGUUGACGAAUGUAAUGUCGACGAUCCGGAAAAGUACCCUUGCUCUGAGAAGGGAACUUGCAAGAAUACUCCAGGUGGAUAUGAGUGUAAUUGCCCUCCACAUCACCCCAAAGGCAAUGCUUACAAUGGCACAUGUGAGAAAGACCAAUCGAUUCCCCCUAAAGUCACAAUUCCAAUAGGAAUUUUUGCCUUUGUUUUGGUUGGCCUACUACUUUUCCUUGGUAUAGAAUGGAUCAAGCACAAACGACGAAUAGUAAGGCAAGAAUACUUGUAUGGCCGAGAAGAAAUUGAGUUGGCCACCAACAACUUUCACAGCGGCUCAGUCAUUGGAGAAGGUGGUCAGGGAACUGUUUAUAUAGGGCAAAAUCUUGAUGAAAAAAAUAAUCCUGUUGCAAUCAAGAUCUGCAAGGGAUAUGAUGAGAGUAGGAGAAUGGAAUUUGGUAAGGAGCUGCUUAUACUCUCUCGAGUAAAACAUGAAAACAUUGUCCAGCUUCUAGGUUGCAGCUUGCAGUUUGAAGCCCCGGUUCUGGUGUAUGAAUACGUACCGAAUCAAACAUUGCACUAUCUAAUUCACAGCCAAGAUGAUGCGUCCAUCAGAACUCUCAAGGUCCGUCUAAAAAUUGCCAGUGAGAUUGCGUCUGCACUUGCAUACCUACAUUCACUUAAUCACCCGGUCUUCCAUGGAGAUGUUAAGUCUGUCAACAUUCUACUAAGCCAUGAUCUCUCAGCAAAAGUUUCUGAUUUUGGAUGCUCAAUGAUUAGGUCAGGAAAUGAAACCGCCCAAGUAGUGAAGGGCACAAUGGGCUACUUAGAUCCAGAGUAUCUGAUGAAUUUUGAGCUUACUGAUAAGAGCGAUGUUUACAGCUUCGGUGUUGUUCUUCUGGAGCUCCUAACACGUAGGACGGCACUGUCCAAAACAAAGGAGAGCCUUGUAUCUAUCUUCAAGGAAGCUGUGAAGGAGGACAAGCUUUGGGAUCUCAUAGAUAGGGAGAUAGCCAACCAAGAAAACAUGGAUAUAGUACUUCAGGUGGCUGCGGUGGCAAGUCAAUGCUUGGUCAUUACUGGUGAACACAGGCCAACGAUGAGCCAGAUUGCGGAGGAGCUCCACCAAUUGGCCGGUCCAAUCCCACACAACUCUCGAGCAUUUCACGGUGUUAUUAGCAUGCACAUGUUGCGAGGACGGUCAUCGAACAAUACAUCGGAUUACAGUACUAGUGAAGAAAUCACAACCUACUACAAUCUUCAGAAGAAAGCCUCAAUGAGCAUAGAGUUUGCAAGAUGA